UCCGGGUUUUCGCGAUCAAUUACACAAUCAUCUCCCGUUAUUUUAUUUUCCCACUCUUUCAUGGCUGUUCCGAACGUUUGCCCCAACCUCCAAAUUUUCCCUCACUUUCUCGCAUCUCCUCCAUUUUCCCUCAGAUUUUCCCGCGCUUUCCCUGCCGCGACUCCAAUACGCAGAGCCUUCCGCGAGUGGCGCGAGUACGAGGAGGCGGUGAAGCGGAAAGACCUCGCCGGAGCCCUGAGAUUCCUCAAGUCCCUCGAAACGGAGCGCCAGCCGGAGCCGCUCGUCGACGGCGGCUCUCCGCUGGCCGAGUUGACUCGGCUCCGGUUGGGCGAGUUGGAGCGGUUCGGGCCGCAGAGGGAUUGGGAGGUUCUGGACACGUGCUUGAAUGCUGAUGACAUGAAGCUUGUCGCUAACGCUUACAGGUUCCUCAGAGAUAGGGGUUUCUUGCCCAAUUUUGGUAAAUGCAGAAACAUUGUUUUGGAGGGACCAAGGAAGGUGACACCAGAUGUCUUGAGCUCCUCAACUGGUUUGGAAGUGACUAAACUUGCUCCCAAGAAGUGGGGUUUCUCAGAUGGUUCAAGCCUUGUUUUGGUUGCUUUUCUUGGUGGGGUGUCCUAUCUUAUAUCGCAAGGAAUUGACCUCAGGCCUAACCUCACAGUAAUAUUAGGUCUAGCCACCGUUGAUGCUAUAUUUCUGGGUGGUACCUGUUUAGCUCAAAUCUCAAGUUACUGGCCACCAUUUAGGCGUCGAAUUCUUGUUCAUGAAGCAGGACAUCUGCUAACAGCUUAUCUGAUGGGUUGCCCAAUCCGGGGGGUGAUUUUAGACCCAAUAGUUGCAAUGCAAAUGGGCAUUCAAGGACAGGCAGGGACUCAGUUUUGGGAUGAGAAACUUGCCAAUGACCUUGCAGAAGGCCGACUUGAUGGUACAUCUUUUGACAGGUACUGCAUGGUACUUUUUGCUGGUAUUGCAGCUGAAGCUCUUGUUUAUGGUGAGGCAGAGGGUGGAGAAAAUGAUGAAAAUCUAUUCAGAGGCAUAUGUCUUCUUCUUGACCCUCCAUUGUCUGUAGCUGAGAUGUCCAAUCAAGCAAGAUGGUCAGUUCUGCAAUCCUAUAAUUUGCUCAAGUGGCAUAGAGCUGCACACCGAGCUGCUGUUAAAGCAUUGGAAAGUGGUGGCAGUCUGAGUGUUGUAAUUAGGAGUGUCGAGGAGACUCUGUAUUCUAAAAAUUGAGCCUCAGAAGCUUCUAUUAAAGCAUUUUUUUUUCAAGUUGCUUGCAGGGUUCUUGUUAUGGAUCUGAAAAGAAGCUGCUUUUACUCGCAUGUGUUCUAUAUAGCAUAUUUUGCAGAUGGACCAGAUCUGUUAUGUUAUGCCUUGUCUACCAUGAUAGACAGCAACAAAGGAAUAAUUUCUUCUGCAACAAGUGACCUUUUUGUCCUGAGGCUGGUUCCAACUUGCACACAAUAUUGUUAAAUAAGUGAUACCAAUAGAGACAACGUCAUCGUAAGAGUGGUACCUUAUCUUCAGAGUAAUUCUGAGCAGUACACAAGGCUGUGAUUUUCACCUGCAUUUUUACCUGUGGUAAAUCAAUCACGAGUCCUAGAAAAGGGUUUGUAAAUAAAUGUAUAAAAUAUUACUAAAACUGAGCCAUUUUUGGAAACUCAGUUUUUAUUGACCUCUUUCCUGUCACGUUCCUUAAUGGGAGUCCCUGGUCCCAACCUUUCAUUAUUAUCCUGUUGUUAAAAAUAUAGCGAGUGGCUCUAUCCCAUGAAUCAGUCACUUGAAAAGUAUCGUAAUUAAAUUGCCAAUUAAUUUGGUAUUUGAACAGUA